AGUUGGAGCCCAGAUUUCAAGUCUUGAGUAAAAUACCUUCAAGCGAAUGGGCCCUAUUGUGCUCACACAUUCAGAACCUGUAAUCCAAGGACUUCCCUAAAGAAUUAGAAGUGUGUCUCACCAACCAGCCAAGAUGAACAUGGUGAAGAGGAUCAUGGGGCGGCCGAGGCAGGAGGAGUGCAGCCCACAAGACAACGCCUUGGGACUGAUGCACCUCCGCCGGCUCUUCACGGAGUUGUGCCAUCCUCCCCGGCACAUGACUCAGAAGGAACAAGAAGAGAAACUGUAUAUGAUGCUGCCAGUGUUUAACAGGGUUUUUGGAAAUGCUCCACCAAAUACAAUGACAGAAAAAUUUUCUGAUCUUCUGCAGUUCACAACGCAAGUCUCACGACUAAUGGUGACAGAAAUUCGAAGGAGAGCAUCAAACAAAUCCACAGAGGCUGCAAGUCGGGCCAUCGUCCAGUUCCUAGAGAUCAAUCAGAGUGAAGAAGCCAGUAGAGGCUGGAUGCUUCUGACGACAAUUAAUUUGUUAGCUUCCUCUGGUCAGAAAACCGUGGACUGCAUGACAACAAUGUCAGUGCCUUCCACCCUGGUUAAAUGUUUAUAUCUGUUUUUUGACCUUCCACAUGUGCCUGAGGCAGUUGGAGGUGCACAGAAUGAGCUACCUCUAGCAGAACGUCGAGGACUACUCCAGAAAGUCUUUGUACAGAUCUUAGUAAAACUGUGCAGUUUUGUUUCCCCUGCGGAGGAGCUGGCCCAGAAAGAUGAUCUCCAGCUUCUAUUCAGUGCAAUAACCUCUUGGUGCCCUCCCUAUAACCUGCCUUGGAGAAAGAGUGCUGGAGAAGUCCUCAUGACCAUAUCUCGUCAUGGUCUUAGUGUCAAUGUAGUGAAGUAUAUUCAUGAGAAAGAAUGUUUAUCUACAUGUGUUCAGAAUAUGCAGCAAUCAGAUGACCUGUCUCCCCUAGAAAUUGUUGAAAUGUUUGCUGGGCUUUCUUGUUUCCUCAAAGAUUCCAGUGAUGUUUCCCAAACACUUCUGGAUGAUUUUCGGAUAUGGCAAGGAUAUAAUUUUCUUUGUGAUCUCUUGCUUAGAUUGGAACAAGCAAAAGAGGCAGAAUCCAAAGAUGCCUUGAAAGAUCUGGUUAAUCUGAUAACUUCCCUAACAACAUAUGGUGUCAAUGAACUAAAACCAGCUGGUAUUACCACAGGGGCACCCUUUUUAUUGCCUGGAUUUGCAGUACCUCAGCCUGCAGGCAAAGGUCACAGUGUGAGAAACAUCCAGGCCUUUGCAGUUCUUCAGAAUGCAUUUUUAAAAGCAAAAUCCAGCUUUCUUGCCCAAAUCAUCCUUGAUGCUAUCACAAAUAUUUACAUGGCUGACAAUGCCAAUUAUUUCAUCCUAGAGUCACAGCACACAUUGUCACAGUUUGCAGAGAAGAUUUCUAAACUCCCAGAAGUACAAAACAAGUACUUUGAGAUGUUGGAGUUUGUCGUUUUUAGCUUAAAUUAUAUUCCUUGUAAAGAACUUAUUAGUGUCAGUAUCCUCUUAAAAUCUAGCUCUUCUUAUCACUGUAGCAUUAUUGCAAUGAAAACGCUUCUUAAGUUUACAAGACAUGACUACAUAUUUAAAGAUGUGUUCAGGGAGGUUGGCCUUUUGGAGGUCAUGGUCAACCUUUUGCAUAAAUAUGCUGCCCUCUUGAAGGAUCCAACUCAGGCACUAAAUGAACAAGGGGACUCAAGAAAUAAUAGUUCUACUGAAGACCAAAAACACCUGGCUUUGUUGGUUAUGGAGACCUUGACAGUGCUUCUUCAAGGAUCAAACACAAAUGCAGGAAUUUUUCGAGAAUUUGGAGGUGCAAGAUGUGCACAUAACAUAGUAAAGUACCCUCAAUGCCGGCAGCAUGCCCUGAUGACUAUCCAGCAGCUGGUGCUCUCUCCAAAUGGGGACGAUGACAUGGGCACUCUCCUGGGGCUAAUGCAUUCAGCCCCACCGACGGAAUUGCAGUUGAAGACUGAUAUUUUAAGGGCCCUCCUGGCGGUCCUUCGAGAAAGCCAUCGAUCAAGAACCGUUUUUAGGAAAGUUGGAGGAUUUGUGUACAUUACGUCCUUGCUCGUUGCUAUGGAAAGAUCUUUGAGCUGUCCACCCAAGAAUGGCUGGGAGAAAGUGAACCAGAAUCAAGUGUUUGAACUUCUUCACACUGUGUUCUGCACGUUGACUGCAGCUAUGCGCUACGAGCCAGCCAAUUCUCAUUUCUUCAAAACAGAGAUUCAGUAUGAGAAGUUGGCAGAUGCUGUUAGAUUUCUUGGCUGCUUCUCAGACCUAAGAAAAAUAAGCGCCAUGAAUGUCUUCCCCUCAAAUACACAGCCAUUUCAAAGACUUUUAGAGGAAGAUGUAGUCUCAAUGGAAUCAGUGUCACCCACGUUACGGCACUGCAGUAAACUUUUUAUUUAUCUGUACAAAGUUGCCACAGAUUCUUUUGACAGUCGUGCAGAACAGAUCCCUCCUUGCCUGACAAGUGAGUCUUCUCUCCCCUCUCCUUGGGGUACACCAGCUUUGUCCAGGAAAAGGCAUGCAUAUCAUUCUGUUUCAACUCCCCCUGUUUACCCUCCUAAAAAUGUUGCUGACCUGAAACUACAUGUGACAACUUCAUCUCUCCAGAGUUCUGAUGCAGUCAUCAUUCAUCCUGGAGCCAUGCUUGCUAUGCUAGACCUGCUAGCCUCUGUUGGAUCAGUGACACAGCCAGAACAUGCUUUGGAUCUUCAACUUGCUGUGGCAAAUAUUUUACAAUCUCUGGUUCACACAGAAAGGAACCAGCAAGUCAUGUGUGAAGCUGGUCUUCAUGCGCGACUGCUGCAGAGGUGCAGUGCUGCUUUGGCUGAUGAGGACCACUCACUGCACCCACCUCUGCAGCGGAUGUUUGAACGAUUAGCCUCUCAGGCCCUGGAGCCCAUGGUGUUGAGGGAGUUUUUACGUUUGGCAAGUCCUUUAAAUUGUGGUGCCUGGGACAAAAAACUGCUGAAACAAUAUAGGGUCCACAAACCAAGUUCACUGAGUUAUGAACCAGAGAUGAGAAGUAGUAUGAUCACAUCUCUGGAAGGUCUGGGUACCGAUAAUGUUUUUAGCUUACAUGAAGAUAACCAUUACCGGAUAAGCAAGAGCCUGGUAAAAUCUGCGGAAGGAAGUACUGUACCCCUAACCAGGGUGAAAUGUCUGGUCUCCAUGACAACCCCACAUGACAUCAGACUUCAUGGGUCAUCAGUUACUCCAGCUUUUGUUGAAUUUGACACAUCACUUGAAGGGUUUGGCUGUCUGUUUCUGCCUAGUUUGGCCCCUCAUAAUGCACCUACAAAUAAUGCCGUCACAACAGGUCUUAAUGAUGGGGCUGUCGUCAGUGGUAUUGGUUUUGGGGAAAGAUUCUUCCCUCCUCCAUCUGGCUUAAGCUACUCUAGCUGGUUUUGUAUUGAACAUUUUAGUUCUCCUCCAAAUAGCCACCCUGUCAGACUUCUUACCGUUGUGCGCCGAGCAAAUUCUUCUGAGCAACAUUACGUGUGCCUUGCCAUAAUUCUGUCAGCAAAAGACCGAUCUCUGAUUGUUUCCACUAAAGAGGAACUCCUCCAAAAUUACGUUGAUGAUUUUAGUGAGGAGUCCUCAUUCUAUGAGAUUCUCCCAUGCUGUGCUCGCUUUCGAUGUGGAGAGCUUAUCAUUGAGGGACAGUGGCAUCAUCUGGUCCUGGUAAUGAGCAAAGGCAUGUUGAAAAACAGUACUGCAGCCCUCUAUAUUGAUGGACAGCUCGUUAAUACCGUAAAGCUUCAUUAUGUUCACAGUACUCCGGGGGGUUCAGGUUCUGCAAAUCCACCAGUGGUGAGCACAGUCUAUGCCUACAUUGGUACUCCACCUGCCCAACGCCAAAUUGCUUCAUUGGUUUGGCGCCUGGGACCCACACAUUUUCUAGAAGAAGUUUUACCUUCUUCGAAUGUUACUACCAUUUAUGAACUUGGACCAAAUUAUGUUGGAAGCUUUCAGGCCGUAUGUAUGCCAUGUAAAGAUGCAAAAUCCGAAGGGGUAGUUCCAUCCCCUGUGUCCUUAGUACCAGAGGAGAAGGUGUCAUUUGGCCUCUAUGCACUCUCUGUGUCUUCCCUAACAGUGGCAAGAAUCCGGAAAGUAUAUAACAAAUUGGAUAGCAAAGCCAUUGCUAAGCAGUUAGGCAUUUCCUCACAUGAGAAUGCCACUCCUGUGAAGUUGAUACACAAUUCAGCAGGACAUCUUAAUGGAUCUGCACGGACAAUUGGGGCUGCUUUAAUUGGAUAUUUGGGAGUAAGAACAUUUGUCCCUAAGCCUGUUGCCACUACUUUGCAGUACAUUGGUGGAGCUGCAGCCAUCCUGGGCCUGGUGGCCAUGGCCUCUGAUGUGGAAGGGUUAUAUGCAGCAGUCAAGGCCCUGGUUUGUGUGGUCAAGAGUAACCCACUAGCCAGCAAAGAAAUGGAAAGAAUCAAGGGCUACCAGUUGUUGGCAAUGCUUCUUAAGAAGAAACGUUCCCUUCUUAAUAGCCACAUCCUCCAUCUAACUUUUUCUUUGGUGGGAACUGUUGAUAGUGGACAUGAGACCUCUAUCAUUCCAAAUUCAACUGCUUUCCAGGACCUCCUUUGUGAUUUUGAAGUCUGGCUCCAUGCACCAUAUGAACUUCAUCUUUCCUUAUUUGAACACUUUAUUGAACUACUCACAGAGUCCAGUGAAGCUUCGAAGAAUGCCAAAUUAAUGAGAGAAUUCCAGUUAAUCCCAAAGCUGCUCCUGACUCUUCGAGAUAUGUCUUUAUCCCAGCCUACUAUUGCUGCUAUUAGUAAUGUGCUGAGCUUCUUAUUGCAAGGUUUUCCCAACAGCAAUGAUCUGCUCAGAUUUGGCCAGUUUAUUUCUUCUACUUUGCCAACCUUUGCAGUUUGUGAGAAAUUUGUAGUAAUGGAAAUAAAUAAUGAAGAGAAGCUUGACACCGGAACUGAAGAGGAGUUUGGAGGUCUUGUAUCUGCUAAUCUUAUACUUUUGAGGAAUAGACUUCUGGAUAUCUUGCUAAAACUAAUUUAUACAUCUAAAGAAAAGACAAGCAUUAAUUUGCAAGCUUGUGAAGAACUGGUGAAGACACUGGGUUUUGACUGGAUCAUGAUGUUUAUGGAGGAACACUUACAUUCCACCACAGUUACAGCAGCCAUGAGGAUUCUUGUUGUCCUACUAAGUAAUCAGUCUAUUCUCAUCAAGUUUAAAGAAGGACUCAGUGGUGGAGGAUGGCUUGAACAGACAGAUUCUGUCUUAACUAAUAAGAUUGGAACUGUAUUAGGAUUCAACGUGGGCAGAAGUGCUGGUGGAAGAUCGACAGUCAGGGAGAUUAACCGAGAUGCUUGUCAUUUUCCUGGUUUUCCAGUCCUUCAGUCAUUCCUUCCUAAACACACUAAUGUCCCUGCCCUCUAUUUUCUCCUCAUGGCAUUGUUUCUGCAGCAGCCAGUUAGUGAGCUGCCUGAGAACCUGCAGGUCAGUGUGCCUGUCAUCAGCUGCCGGAGUAAGCAGGGUUGCCAGUUUGAUUUGGAUUCCAUUUGGACAUUUAUCUUUGGAGUUCCUGCCUCCAGCGGAACUGUGGUCUCUUCUAUCCAUAACGUAUGCACAGAAGCUGUUUUUUUAUUAUUGGGAAUGCUCCGCAGCAUGCUGAAUUCACCUUGGCAAUCAGAAGAAGAGGGAUCUUGGCUCCGAGAAUAUCCUGUGACCCUGAUGCAGUUCUUCAGAUAUUUGUAUCACAACGUUCCAGACCUUGCCUCCAUGUGGAUGAGCCCUGACUUCCUGUGUGCAUUAGCAGCCACGGUCUUCCCCUUCAAUAUUCGCCCUUACUCAGAGAUGGUGACUGACCUUGAUGAUGAAGUUGGAUCUCCAGCAGAAGAGUUUAAAGCAUUUGCAGCAGACACAGGGAUGAACAGGAGCCAAUCAGAGUACUGCAAUGUGGGCACCAAGACAUAUCUGACCAAUCACCCGGCUAAAAAGUUUGUUUUUGACUUCAUGCGGGUCUUAAUCAUAGACAACCUCUGUCUUACCCCUGCCAGCAAGCAAACUCCAUUAAUUGAUCUUUUGUUGGAGGCUUCCCCUGAAAGGUCUACAAGAACUCAGCAAAAAGAAUUUCAAACUUACAUUUUAGAUAGUGUGAUGGACCAUUUGCUUGCAGCUGAUGUGUUAUUAGGGGAAGACGCAUCUCUGCCUAUUACCAGUGGAGGAAGCUACCAGGUAUUGGUGAACAAUGUGUUUUAUUUCACACAGCGUGUGGUGGACAAGCUUUGGCAAGGCAUGUUCAACAAAGAAUCUAAACUUCUUAUAGAUUUUAUAAUUCAACUAAUUGCACAGUCAAAGAGAAGAUCACAGGGAUUGUCACUGGAUGCAGUCUAUCACUGCCUCAAUAGGACCAUCUUGUAUCAGUUCUCACGGGCACACAAAACCGUUCCUCAGCAAGUAGCUCUGCUUGAUUCACUCAGGGUCCUCACUGUAAACAGAAACUUGAUCCUGGGACCUGGGAACCAUGACCAAGAAUUCAUUAGCUGUCUGGCCCACUGUUUGAUAAAUCUACAUGUUGGAAGCAAUGUGGAUGGAUUUGGACUGGAAGCAGAAGCUCGCAUGACUACAUGGCAUAUUAUGAUCCCCUCUGACAUUGAACCAGAUGGUAGUUACAGCCAAGAUAUUAGUGAAGGGCGUCAGCUUCUCAUAAAAGCUGUCAACAGAGUUUGGACUGAACUGAUACAUAGUAAGAAACAAGUCUUGGAGGAGCUUUUCAAAGUAACUCUGCCUGUGAAUGAAAGGGGCCACGUGGACAUAGCUAUAGCCAGGCCACUCAUUGAAGAAGCUGGCUUGAAGUGCUGGCAGAACCAUCUGGCCCAUGAAAAGAAAUGCAUAAGUCGGGGAGAAGCUUUAGUGCCCACCACACAGUCCAAAUUAUCCCGUGUCAGCAGUGGCUUUGGUCUUUCCAAGUUAACAGGAUCAAGAAGGAAUCGAAAAGAAAGUGGUCUUAAUAAACACAGUCUUUCCACCCAGGAGAUUUCACAGUGGAUGUUUACUCACAUUGCUGUUGUUCGUGACUUAGUAGAUACACAAUAUAAGGAAUAUCAGGAGCGUCAGCAGAAUGCCCUGAAGUACGUGACAGAAGAGUGGUGCCAGAUCGAGUGUGAGCUGCUGCGGGAGCGGGGGCUGUGGGGCCCUCCCAUCGGCUCCCACCUCGACAAGUGGAUGCUGGAGAUGACAGAAGGGCCCUGCAGGAUGAGGAAAAAGAUGGUGCGAAACGAUAUGUUUUAUAACCAUUACCCUUACAUGCCAGAAACUGAGCAAGAGACAAAUGUGGCGAAACCUGCUCGAUACAGAAGAGCCAUAAGUUAUGACAGUAAAGAGUACUACAUGCGACUGGCCUCUGGCAAUCCCGCCAUUGUCCAAGACACCAUUGUGGAGAGUUCAGAAGGCGAAGCUGCUCAGCAAGAACCAGAGCAUGGGGAAGACACUAUUGCUAAAGUCAAAGGUUUGGUGAAGCCUCCUCUAAAACGCUCCCGAUCUGCACCUGAUGGAGGAGAUGAGGAGAACCAGGAACAGCUACAAGACCAGAUUGCCGAGGGCAGCUCCAUAGAAGAGGAGGAGAAAACAGAUAAUGCUACCUUACUGCGCCUGUUAGAGGAAGGAGAAAAGAUCCAACACAUGUACCGUUGUGCUCGAGUCCAGGGCCUGGAUACUAGUGAGGGGCUCCUUCUUUUUGGUAAAGAGCAUUUUUAUGUGAUUGAUGGAUUUACCAUGACAGCAACCAGGGAAAUAAGAGAUAUUGAAACCUUACCUCCAAAUAUGCAUGAGCCGAUUAUCCCUAGAGGAGCCAGGCAAGGCCCUAGUCAACUCAAGAGAACAUGCAGCAUUUUUGCAUAUGAAGAUAUCAAGGAAGUUCAUAAAAGGAGAUAUCUCCUGCAGCCUAUUGCUGUGGAAGUUUUCUCUGGAGAUGGACGGAAUUACCUCCUUGCCUUUCAGAAAGGAAUUAGAAACAAAGUCUAUCAAAGGUUUUUGGCUGUAGUGCCAUCUCUAACAGACAGUUCAGAAUCUGUAUCUGGGCAACGACCAAACACGAGUGUGGAGCAGGGAUCUGGGUUGCUUAGCACUUUGGUUGGAGAGAAGUCUGUGACUCAGAGAUGGGAGAGAGGUGAAAUCAGCAACUUCCAAUAUUUGAUGCAUUUGAACACUUUGGCUGGCAGAUCAUAUAAUGAUCUCAUGCAGUAUCCUGUCUUUCCCUGGAUCCUUGCAGAUUAUGACUCAGAGGAGGUGGAUCUUACUAAUCCCAAGACGUUUAGAAACCUGGCUAAGCCAAUGGGAGCACAAACAGAUGAACGAUUAGCUCAGUAUAAGAAGCGGUAUAAAGACUGGGAGGAUCCUAAUGGAGAAACUCCUGCAUACCACUAUGGGACCCACUAUUCAUCUGCAAUGAUCGUGGCUUCUUAUCUUGUAAGGAUGGAGCCUUUCACACAGAUAUUCUUAAGGCUACAGGGUGGCCACUUUGACCUGGCUGACCGGAUGUUUCACAGUGUGCGCGAGGCCUGGUAUUCAGCAUCAAAACACAACAUGGCAGAUGUAAAAGAACUUAUCCCAGAGUUCUUUUACUUACCAGAAUUCCUGUUCAAUUCCAACAACUUUGAUCUAGGCUGUAAACAAAAUGGCACCAAGCUUGGAGAUGUUAUCCUUCCACCCUGGGCAAAAGGGGAUCCACGAGAAUUCAUCAGAGUCCACCGAGAGGCUUUGGAGUGUGAUUACGUGAGUGCCCAUCUCCAUGAGUGGAUUGACUUAAUCUUCGGCUAUAAACAGCAAGGCCCUGCUGCAGUAGAAGCUGUAAAUGUCUUCCAUCAUCUUUUUUAUGAGGGUCAAGUGGAUAUCUACAACAUCAAUGACCCACUCAAGGAGACAGCCACAAUUGGGUUCAUUAAUAACUUUGGUCAGAUCCCUAAACAGUUAUUUAAAAAACCUCAUCCACCAAAGAGAGUGAGAAGUCGACUCAAUGGAGACAAUGCAGGAAUCUCUGUCCUACCAGGAUCUACGAGUGACAAGAUCUUUUUUCAUCAUCUAGACAAUUUGAGGCCUUCUCUAACACCUGUAAAAGAACUCAAAGAACCUGUGGGACAAAUUGUAUGUACAGAUAAAGGUAUUCUUGCUGUGGAACAGAAUAAGGUUCUUAUCCCACCAACCUGGAAUAAAACUUUUGCUUGGGGCUAUGCAGACCUCAGUUGCAGACUGGGAACCUAUGAGUCAGACAAGGCCGUGACUGUUUAUGAAUGCUUGUCUGAGUGGGGCCAGAUUCUCUGUGCAAUCUGCCCCAACCCCAAGCUGGUCAUCACAGGUGGAACAAGCACCGUUGUGUGUGUGUGGGAGAUGGGCACCUCCAAAGAAAAGGCCAAGACCCUCACCCUCAAACAGGCCUUACUGGGCCACACUGAUACCGUCACCUGUGCCACGGCAUCAUUAGCCUAUCACAUAAUUGUCAGUGGGUCCCGUGAUCGAACCUGUAUCAUUUGGGAUUUGAACAAACUGUCAUUUCUAACCCAGCUUCGAGGGCAUCGAGCUCCAGUUUCUGCUCUUUGUAUCAAUGAAUUAACAGGGGACAUUGUGUCCUGUGCUGGCACAUACAUCCAUGUGUGGAGCAUCAAUGGGAACCCUAUCGUGAGUGUCAACACAUUCACAGGUAGGAGCCAGCAGAUCAUCUGCUGCUGCGUGUCAGAGAUGAACGAAUGGGACACACAGAACGUCAUAGUGACAGGACACUCAGAUGGAGUGGUUCGGUUUUGGAGAAUGGAAUUUUUGCAAGUUCCUGAAACACCAGCUCCUGAGCCUGCUGAAGUCCUAGAAAUGCAGGAAGACUGUCCAGAAGCACAAAUAGGGCAGGAAGCGCAAGAUGAGGACAGCAGCGAUUCAGAAGCAGAUGAGCAGAGCGUCAGCCAGGACCCUAAGGACACUCCAAGCCAGCCCAGCAGCACCAGCCACAGGCCCCGGGCGGCCUCCUGCCGUGCAACAGCCGCCUGGUGUACUGACAGUGGCUCCGAUGACUCCAGACGCUGGUCUGACCAGCUCAGCCUAGAUGAGAAAGAUGGCUUCAUAUUUGUGAACUAUUCAGAGGGCCAGACCAGAGCCCAUCUGCAGGGCCCCCUUAGCCACCCCCACCCCAAUCCCAUUGAGGUGCGGAAUUACAGCAGAUUGAAACCUGGGUACCGGUGGGAACGGCAGCUGGUGUUCAGGAGUAAGCUGACUAUGCACACAGCCUUUGAUCGAAAGGACAACGCACACCCAGCUGAGGUCACUGCCUUGGGCGUCUCCAAGGAUCACAGUAGGAUCCUCGUUGGUGACAGUCGAGGCCGAGUUUUCAGCUGGUCUGUGAGUGACCAGCCAGGCCGUUCUGCUGCUGAUCACUGGGUGAAGGAUGAAGGUGGUGACAGCUGCUCGGGCUGCGCGGUGAGGUUUUCACUCACAGAAAGACGACACCAUUGCAGGAACUGUGGUCAGCUCUUCUGCCAGAAGUGCAGUCGAUUUCAAUCUGAAAUCAAACGCUUGAAAAUCUCAUCCCCGGUGCGUGUUUGUCAGAACUGUUAUUAUAACUUACAGCAUGAGAGAGGUUCAGAAGAUGGACCUCGAAAUUGUUGAAGAUUCAACAAGCUGAGUGGAGACCACGGUCUGUAGACCCCAUCCCGAUUCUCCUGUCCCAGCUUGGAAGGCAUUGAAAACAGUCUCCGUUUACACAUCUCUUCAUACCACGUGUUUGAAGUGUUAAAAUUCAAAGGGAUCACUGAAUAAAACGGGUGUAGAGUACAGGAAUGGGGCAGACACGAUUCAGGUGAACAGCACAAGAAGAAUAUGAGGUGUUUCCUAGGAGCAACAUUUUCGAUAUCCAGUUCUCCGUGAUGGCAGUAGCUGUCUCCAGGCUACUUAUUAACUGUCUUUUCUUGCAUCUCAUUUUUAUAGAGCUACUCAUCCUUAUUUGGAAAAACCAACAACAAAAAAAGGCUUUUAGAAAAUGGUUGUAAAUCUUACUUCUUUGCAAGUAACUAUGUAUAUUGUAAAUAGAUAUAAAAGGCCUUUUUUCUAAAUAAGGACUUAACUGCCUGUAACAUGAAACUUCAAACUAAACCACUAACUCAAUGAACUACUUAUGGUUUGUCUGAGAUCCCUCACUUACCAAUUAAUUAUAAAUAUGUUUUUUUAAAUUCCCAAAGACAUUAUCAGUGGUCUUUUUUUCCUUUCCAACUCAGCCUGUGUGCCUGAUGUCAUUUCUUUCAAGUUGCCCACAGUAUCUCCACUUAAACUAGGCUAGUAACCAAAAUAAUGUGGACCUUCUUUAGGAAACUGUGUGGGGGAAUAGGAGUCCAGCUGUAAGAUAAACUAGGACUAUUUGGGCGUCUUGUACCUGGCUACGUACCACCUCAGUGUUGUUCCUACAUGAACAGGGCCCCUUUUAAACUUGUAUGUGGACUGCUGUUUGGUCAAAGAAUACCUUAGCAUUGCAGAAAGGUGGCCAGAUGACUGAUGUAGUGCAGGAAACAGCCCUGUCUCAACUAAUGGAAAUAUAUUUGCAUGUAACCCAAAAUUAGCUUAUCUUGCAUAGAACAUAGUAAGUAUGUGUCUUUGGUGACACUGUUCUACUAUAGCUUAUUUUCAAAAAAAAGGGUAAAAAACGAAAAGAAAAAAGUGUACAGAAUUAACAUAUAAACUUUGUUGUAAAACUGAAUCAUGUCACAACGGCUUAAAAUUAACCUUUACCAUUUAAUGUCAUCUACCUGAAAACAGUGAGAUUUAUACUGUAUCAAUGUCUAUUUUUUUGUUUUUGCUAUGAAUAUAAUUACAGUAUUUUAAUAUUUAGUUAUUUAAUUUGUUCUACUAGUUGGAUACAGAACACACAAAUCCAGGGGGAUUAAAGCUGGAAGGGGCUAAGAGAUUAGUUUACAGAGAAAAGGCUUGGUGGUGGGAUUUUUUUAAAUGUGUGUUAUGUACAUAUAUAUAUAUAAUAUAUAUUAAAAAAUGAAACAAUCUAGAUUUUAACAUUUUCAGAAACUUAGUGAUAAUAUUAUGAACAAUUCUAAAAGCCCUGUGAUUUGAAAAAUGUAGAAUCAUUAAUGGCCCAAGAUAGGCCUUCACACCCUCACAGGUGUGAAAGGAAAGGCCUUCACACCCUCACAGAGGCAUCAUGCAAAGGACAGCGGCUUUGGCUUUUCCAACUUUCCGUCUUUAGGCCCUGGUGAGAGGCACACUUAUGCACUAAAAUGCACAUAUAUGCACAUGCAUUCAAAAAUAGGCAUUUGGUACAAUGGUGAUCUUGUACCUCAUGGGCUGAAACCAGCUUAAGAACAAAUUUGUUCUUCCUGAUAACGAUAACUAGGUCUCCAAGAGAAAAUACAAAGGCUGCUUUAGUGCCUUACGCUUACUAAAUUUAAAUCUUUAUUUACCUGGGUUUGAGCCUACAGUCUAUUUAUGAUUACAUAUCAAAAUUGAUUAAAACACUUCCAUUUCUAAAAGUUCAGAUAUACUUGUUAAUAAAAGGAUUAUCGGCAUUAAUACUUCAACUUAAAGAAAAGUUGUGUUCUGUUUUCCUUUCUGUGUCUUACUCCCCCCACACCCUCCCUCCCCCAUCACCAUCUUCAGUUCUAAUAAAUAAUGCGGAUGUUCAGCGGUUGCAGAAACUGUGCUAUCACGUAACUGUGGGCCUUGCCCCUGUCUGGCCCUCUAGAUGAGUUGUAGCGGUGUUAUUCUACACUUUUUAAAAAGAAGCGUCUUCUUUUGUCCAUGAACCAUGUUAUCCCAUACCCAGUGACAGAGGUGUUCUUUAAAGACUUGACUGUAUGAAUGUGUGUAUGUAGUAACUUAAAGGUUAUUCCUCUUUGUAAUAGGAAACUAUAUGGGAUGAACACUUUUAAACUUUCUGACACAACUUCCAUGACUAGAAGGUGGAAACCAAAACCCUCAAGGUCGUAUUUCCUCUGGCCGCUGGUGCUGUGGGCAACUGUUUCGUUCAAUCAGGUUUCUUUUCUUUUUGCUUCUAAUGCAGAAAUCAGCAGAAUCACUCACACAUACAAGUACACUCACAUACAUGAACUAAUUAUUUCUCUGGAUAUCUUUCUGUGUUCCAUGUAAAUUCAUUUACCAGCAUCUGUUGUCAACAUGUGCAUCUCCCUAUGUGUGGUCUGCAUUCUUUUUCUGAGAGUACCUCACAGAGCUCCUGCCUGAUCUUCGUAGCUUGUUCAUUCAUCCAUCCACCUGUUCAUUUGUUCAUCCAUGUAUUCUAACAUUUGUGUGUAGUGUGCAACUGUAAUGUCAUGCUUUUGAAGAAGAGAAUAGCUGCCCAUAGCAGCCAUCUGUCUGGAUAAUAGCAAAACACUCUAGAUAAGUUAUUUUGCACUUUCUUAUGUAUAAAGUUGGUAGAAACUUAUUUUUGCUUUGUAUCAUUUAAAUACAUUUUGUUUUGGUAAAUGAACUGUGUAUAAAAUAUUUAUGCCGUUAAAACUGUUUUUAGAAAGUAUUUUUAAUUUCAGCAAGUUUGGUUACUUGUUGCAUGACUAUUAACACAGCUGACUUUUUGUGUCAGUGCAAUGUAUAUUUUUUGUCCUGUUAUUAACUUGUAAGCCCUAGUAAUGGCCAAUUAUUUGUACAGCAAAAGAAGUAAAUUGAAGAUACUGGCUAAGACUGGAUUGAUUGUGGACUUUUGUACUAUAUUGCAGACUCCAAUAUCUGUUUCUUGGCGGUUAUGUAAAACACCUGAAGAAUUACUAUCCAGUGUGCAAUCUGUGAUAUCUGAAUGUUCAUUGUGUAUUUGUCUCUGAUGCAAAAAGGUAGAGUAACACAAUUACAAUACAUGAUUAAAUGCAA